CAUAACGAAACGCGAGGCUAGCGCUAGAGCAGCGGCGUCGUAACUUGUGUUCCGUUGUGCGUACGUGCGGGUAGAUUUUUUUAACGCGUGUUACGGGACGGUUGUACUACGUUUUGAGUGUGCGAGGCUCGAGUAAGGAUUGUUCGCGCGUCCUUAAAGUCGCUCACACGCCGAUUAAAUCGUAAAUUUCAGUUUUUUCCUUUCUCUGCGUUUUCUCUUUUUCCUUUUCCCCCCCUCUUCCCUUCCCACCGGUUAUCAAUGGACACGUCUGUCGGUUACCACGCUACCACGGAUACGGCUGCGGCUGGAACGAUGGUUCCAUCUAAUCAGCCGAGGAAGACAAAGAUCUUUGUCGGCCGACUCCCGGAGAAUUGCCGCAACGAUGAGCUGCGACAAUUGUUCUUGCGCUUCGGCGAGGUGACCGAGUGCGACGUGAUGAAUCGAUACGGCUUCGUCCACAUGGCGCGGGAGGAAGACGCGGCAGCGGCAAUCAAGGCGCUCCACAAUUCCAACUUCAAGGGGGCAACGAUCAACGUGGAACAGUCAACCGGAAAGUCACGCGGUGGCGGAGGUGGUCGCCGAGACGACCGAAGAGGUGGACCAAUGAGAGGUGGUAGAGGGGGACGAGACGGUGGUAGAGACGCUCGUCCUGGACCUUACAAUGAUAGAAGAGUUCUUCCGAUCCAACUCGUUGGUUACGAUGGAUCUGCUGCAGGUGGCGUCGCGACCGGGUACACCGAUUACAAUCGCGGAGCUGGCGACUUUAGCGGCCGUGGGACAGACUUCGGUGCCGGCUACGCCGAUCGCGGGGGUUACGGUCAGAACGUGGGUGGCGCGGCGAUGGGUUACACUUCGACGGCACCAGGGAUGGGCGGCGGAUAUGGACCAGCUGCCGGCGCCGUGGGAGGAUACGGGCCGACCGGUGCGGCGGAUUACGGACGAACGGCCGAUUACGGUCGCGCUGACUUUGGCGCCAGAACAGACUAUGUAGUUGGUGGCGGCAUGGCCGGUGAUUUUAAUCGUGGCGCACCUGGUCCCGUAGAUUACGGUCGCACUGAUAAUUUCGGUGCUACCCGCACGGUUGAUUAUACAGCGAGAAAUGAUUAUGAUCGAAGUGCAGCUGGGCCAAUGAGAAACGGUGGUGGCGCUGUUGCUACUACUGGGUAUGGGACUGGUUACACUGAUGUCGGAUAUGAUGAGAGCCACUGGGGUUAUCCGGGCGGGCCAGGGGAUAUGAUGGGUGGGCCUGGGGGGGUAAAUCAGGGAGCUUCAAUGGUCUACGAAAGGAGAGAUGGUCUACCUGGUAAUGAUAUGCAUCCAUUUGACAGGCCAAUGAGCACUGGACCUAGCUACAGCACAGGGGCACCUAGUUACAGCACUGGCCCAGGACCACAAGCUGAUAUGUUUAGUAGAAGACCUGGCAGUGCCGUGCCCAGUGGCGGAUAUCCACCGGUUGCUGGCGGUUAUGCCGAGGGUUACGAUAGACCAGACGCAUAUGGUCCUCCACGUGGCGGCGGACGCUUCCCAGGUCCGGCAGACGCGAUGCCACCGAGGUACUAAGCGUGUACUAAACGCACUAGCGCAUGCGAAAGGCGACCGAAAAACGAAAAAAACCGUAAAAAAAAACAUCGCCGCCUUUCAGCAGCGAUCAUUCGCUUAUCGGACUCGAUUACCUAGGAAUUGCCCUCUGCGUCCGUCGUUGAGUCCACAAUUAAUUAUAAUGAAAACUAUAUAAAACUUACAAUAGAACUUAAUAACGUUUAAUUAUAUCGUAAAGUAAACGGUAAGGCUAAGAAGAUAAUCAAUAGAUGAUAUAUAAACUAUUAAUUGAAUCUAAACCCAGUUUUUUUAAUACACUAUGAAUUAUUAGUUUAUACAUAAACUGAUUAAUCAAUUUAUUAUUGAUUAAACUCGUUGUGCUAGCUCAUUAUAUGUUUGAAGAGAAUUUUUCGACAUUACAUUAUUCGUACAGUUUGUUCAAGAUUUUAUUUCCUUGCUCUUUUUUUCUAUGAAUAAGAUAAAGUCCGGUGUGUGAGUCUAACAUUUUCCUCAAUUUAAUUCUCUCAACACCCACAUUAUAGAGUAUAGAUGAUUUUCUCAUACCGUUAAUUCUACAAAAGAUGACUUGUAUACUACAAUAAUGAUGCUGUAUAUUCUUUUUUUACACAUAAGAACUUGAUCAAUGUUUUCAAAUGUUCAUUCAUGAAACAGAGAAUAAUUAAUUAUCACAAUGUAUCUUUAUAUAAAACGAAUAAAGUGCAAAUGUGAAUGCCCCAAAGCAAUCUUUAU